AUGUUAUCAUGCCUGUUAUUAAAAUGUCUUUUAGUACAUUAAUGUGUGUUAUAAUUGAAAGGUUGUAAAUAUUUAAAAAACUUUUAGGUCUAUAGAUACAACUUUAUUGGGUUUCUACAAAUCCAUUGAUGGAAAUUGAGAAUUUAUAUGGUUCUACUUAAGGAGGGACAAGUCUAUAUUUAAGGGUAUUGAAAUAAAUUACUUUUAAGGCUGUAGGUUUUGAUUCUAUAAUAUCGAAUAACAUAAUUUAAGUUGGAACAUACUCUUGUAUCAUAGAUGAAACCUAUGUUAAAGAUUAAGAAUUAUCAUGUAAAACUAUUGCACCAGCUUUGAAUGAUAAUUAACUACAAAACCUAGUUGUUACUGUAGAAGUACCUGGCUAACAAAUUUCAGUAUGUACUUCUUAGAAAAAUAAAUGUCUUUUUUCAUAUAUAAAAGAAAAAUCUCCAUAUUUACAUUACUUAAUCCCAAAUAUUGGAUUUGCAAAUUCAGUGUUAUUUUCAAAAGGAUCCUGGACUAUAAUUGGUGAAGAAAAUAAUGAAAUUGAGAAAAUUUUGAUAGGAUAAGAAUUUUGUAGAAAAAGCUAAUAUAGAUUAUUGAAUUCUCGGAUGAUUUCGAAUGAAGAUGUUAUUUCAUGUUAAUUGCCAGAAAAUCUGAUUUCAUAAACUUAUCAAGUGAAAAUGGAAACCAGAAGAGGAAAUUUCUUAUAAUAGAAGGCAUUUAAGUAAUAAUAUUUUAUAUAUAAAAGAUUACUUCCUAUAAUAUCUUCCUUAAGUGAGAAAGAAGAGAUGGUUGAUUCAUAUCAUUUAAAAAUAAAUGGAUAUGGAUUUAAAAGUGGAUUGACUGAAAAUUAAGUUUAACUUUCUGGGACUAAUGUAUUAAUUAAAGUAUUGGAAGCAUAAAUAAAUUAAUUAAAAGUAAAUAUAGUAAAGAAUUAUAGGUUGAAAUACCAAAAGUAACAGAUCAAACUAUAUUAGAUAUAUUAAGUAAUUAAGAUUCAGUAUUUAUUUCUGGAACUGGAUUGUUUCAUACAAAAUAUGAUUUGAGAGGUAUAACUACUUAAUAUUCUAAUUGUGAUAUUUUUAGAAAUGAGAUUAUUUAAGAAUCUUAAAUCUUGAAAGAUAGAAUAAUACAAAAUGGAGUUUAUUCAUAACCAGAUUAUAUUGAUGAAAUAGAUUCUUAAUAUGGAUAAUAUUUUAGAGGUUUUAUUAAAGCAACUGCCACUGGAGAAUACUAAUUUUUGUUGGCUGCUGAUGAUUGUGCAACUUUUUAUAUUUAAACAACUGAAACACUUAAAACAACACGUACUGAAUCUCCAAAUGCUCAAUCAUUCAAAUCUACUUAAUAUAGAAAUUAUUGGGGAGAAUAACUAUGGGAUAAUACAAAAAAUGUAAAUUCAAUCUCAUAAACAAUUAUUUUAGAGGAGAAUUAGUAUUACUAUAUUGAAAUCUUUCAUCUCAAUACUGAAGGUAAGGGAUUUCUAACACUUUCUAUGAACUUAAAUAUUAAUUAGGUUUCAACAACUAAUACUAAAUAAAGUUAAUUGUUUUAAGUAAAAACUACUUAUACACCUAAAUAUGAAAUUUUGUAAAUGGACAUUUAUAAUUCCAUAGAAAAUAUGCUUUUGUCAGAAAAUUUUAAAUUAACGUUUUAGGGUGUUAAUCAAGAUAUUAAUAACUUUUCUUUUAUAACUUAAGAUAUUAGUUUUAGUUUUACUUAUGAUUAAAUAUAAGAAGCAUUUUUGACUUGUUGUAAUUAUAUUACACAAGUAUAAAUAAAUAAAUUAGAUAAUUUAGGAUAGGUUGUAGAUGAUUCUUUUGAAACAUAUGCUGGUCAUUAAUAUAUAAUAACUUUUCUAUCUCAUAGAGGAAAUGUUGAAGAAAGAUCUCUACCUGAAAUAAUAACAUAAUAGUCAUAAUUAAUUUUUAAUGUUUAAACUAUACAAGAACCUUUAGAUCCUAUCUCUGGAUUUUUUAAAUUAUCAUUAUAAUAUUAAUCCAAAGUUUAUAAUUUUGUGAAUGAAAAUAAUAGUUCAGAAUUAUCAUAUAAUGUUGAUUCAAAUAUUUUGGAACAAAACUUUUAUAAAAUCACUGGCUAAAAACCAAUAGUUUGGAAUGAAGGAAGAGCAUAAGAUGGUUGGAUUUGGAAUAUUUUGUUUAGUACUUGUUAAAUAACAAUACAAAGUUUUCAAUAAAUAGAGAAUAAUUUAGUAUCUGGAAAUGGAAAUGUUUAAUUAGAUGUCUCAAAUUUAAAAUCUUGUAAUUCUCAAUUUUAUGAACCUAUUCCAGCGCUUUAAUUAUUUACUUUUGGUAGAAGACCUUAAAUUUAAGUUUCUACAUCUGAAGGAUAGGGAGCAUGUUAAUAAUAAGGAGUUUGUGAUUUUAGUUUUCAAGAGGAUGAUUAAUUUAUGUUGUAAUCCUUUACUAUAAGUAAUGAAAUAAUGUAGUUAAAUUUUAUCAUUCUAUCAUAAAAUUUAUUAAAUUUAAAUGCAAACGAAUUUACUAUAGAAUUUAGAGGAGCUUUAUGUUUAGAUAUUUCUAAAAUUAGUAGUGAUAUUAGUGUGUUAAAAUUAACAUGUAAAUUAGAAACAUAGAACUCAAAAGUAGUUUAAGAAUCUGGUUUAAAUCAAUAUCCUAUAAUAUAUCAUGUGAUUUAUGGAUAUAUUAAAAUUGAUACAAAAAUAGCUGCUAUUAAUACAUAUAUACUAAUAGAAUCAGUAACUCCUAAUUCAGGUUCUCCUGAUGGAGGUGCUGAAAUUGUAAUUUUAGGAUCUGGGUUUCCAAAAGAUCUUAGUAGAAAAUUUUAAUUAUAAAUGGGGAGUACAAAAAUAAUUCCUUUAGAAAUAAGUAAUACAAAAAUUGUAUUUAUACAUCCCUCUGGAAAUGAUGGUAAAAUAACAAUAGAAUAUAAUGGUAUUACAUAAAAUGAUCUUUCAUUUAUUUAUGAUGAAACAUUAAAAAUAUCAAUUAGUUCUUUAGAUAUUUAUUAAAUUAUUCCAACUUAUAGGGGAGUAGUGAAAAUUACAGGUAAAAAUUUUGGAACUGUAGUGGAAGAUGUUAAAGCUUUUAUUUAGAAUUAAGAACUUAAAGUAAUAAAUGUACAAGAUUAAUUAAUGAGUGUUCAAUUUAAUAAAAACUUAGAUAUUAGUUCUAAUAAUGUGAUUUAAGUAUAUAGAAGAAAUUAUGGAAGAUCUACAAGUAUAGGAACAUCAAAUGUAAAUAUUAUGAAUAUUGCUUUGAAUGUGACAUCCGUUGGAACUGUGGUUGAUGGUUAUGUUUAGACAUUAAUUGAAGGAGGAACAAAUUUACAAAUUACUGGAACUAAUUUAGAUAGUGUUAGUGCAGUUGUAUUUGGAAAAGAUAAUCCUACUGUUUGUACCAGAAUGAAUAAAAAUUAAACAUAUAUUAAUUGUAGAAGUCCUCCUAAUAUUUUUAAGAGAUAGACUGAUCAAAUAUAUGUUAUCCAUGAAUUUAAAUAUUAGACGACAUGUUCUAAAUGUAUAGUAAAAUAUAGUCGAACUUACAUUUAAAUUACUUAAAUUUUAAUUGGUAGUGGCAACAUUAUUGUUAAUAAUUUAGAAUAUAAAAUACGAUAUUUAUAACUUUGGUCAGAAGAAGCAAAAUCAUAAGAAAAUAACCCUUUAUUAUAUUAUAAAUAAGUAUAAUAAAUGGAUCCUCUUUUAUUUUAUGAAAUAAAAAACAUAACUACAUUAGAUUUCAAUCCAGGAUAGGCAUUGGUUAUUUUAGCUUCUUUAAAUUGUAAGUUAAAUUUUUUUUAAAUUUACAAUUUACUCAAAGUAGUACAAUAAUUAUAAAAGGAGAAAGGUAAUUAAUGA